AUGUUUAAAGCAACUUUAUGGUUGCGCUAUCGCACUCAAGCAACACGAUUGACACAACUACCACUCGGAUCAAACAAAAUCAGUCUUGCUCGUUGUAUUGGAACGCAGGCAGAAACAUUACUACGUAAACCAGAUCCACCUUCUAACGAAGCUCCCUCAGUAACUGCCGCUUUUCAAGAUCUACUCGGUGUAUCUUCACCCAACAACAACAAUGAUGAUCUAAAAAACACUUUUUAUCAAAGAGAGUUGCCUACUGAUCUUGUUCGUUUUGCUUCCGUUGAAGGUAAGCGACUCUUCAGAGAAGCCAUGGACGACGGUCAUGCAGAAGGAUUUUUUCCUUUGACUGGUAAUUUUACACCUCAAUCAGAACCUGCUUAUUGUGGCCCUAGUUCUUUGGCAAUGGUUUUGAAUGCAUUAGAAGUAGAUCCUAAAAGACGUUGGAAAGGCAACUGGCGAUGGUUUUCAGACGAGUUUCUGCAGUGCUGUUCUUCUAAAGAAGAUAUGAAAAAGAAUGGUAUCACAUUUGACAAUUUUGCUUGCUUGGCUAAAUGUCACUGUGAUGUACAAGUCAACCGAGCCUUUGACUUUAGCUUUGAAAAGUUCAAAAAAGAUGUUGAAAUGGUCACUUCCACUUCUGAUAAAUUCAUGGUGAUUUCUUUUUCUCGUAAAGUACUCGGACAAACAGGUGAUGGUCAUUUUUCGCCCAUUGGUGCUUACAAUGCUCAAGAAGGCAAAGUGUUGAUUUUGGAUACUGCUCGAUACAAGUAUCCAAGUUAUUGGUGUUCUAUUGACACUUUAUUUGAUUCUAUGAAGCCAGUUGAUAAAGAAACAGGUCGUCCUCGGGGCUAUUUCCUCUUGAGCUAUGAUUCUGAACAUCCUCCUGUCAGUCUAUGUAAAGUAAAGCCUACGAGACCAACUGAACAAGAUACAAAGCAUGUAAAGAAACAAGACGAGGCAAAAUUAAAUUGGUCUACACUGGCUAAAUCCUUCUGUCAUCGUAUUCCUGAAAAUAUGUGGUUAGAAAAGCCAAGAACACUAGAACAUGUAGUUCAAUUAGUACUGCGCAAUAUUCCUAGAGAAUACACAUCCAUCCUUGCUAACCAAUCACUUGCUUCCUUUAAUGCAACAACUCCCGAUAAAGCACAGGAAUACAUUCAUGAAUUGCUAUAUGACACCACUAAAUUACCUCUGUAUCCUGUUGUGAUGGAUGCACUCUACCCCAAUAGACAAAACCACUCUUAUACCCCACUCGACUACAAUGCCGCAUUUGCUACUCUGUUUGUAUUAGGAUCACCACGCAUGCUCUACACUUCUUUACCUAGAGAAUUGCAAGAUCGCUUAGAUAGUUUUAGAAAAAAUGAUGAAAUGACUCUGAUUAUGCAGCAAGAAGUGCAGCGUAUAUCAGAAGAAGUGAUUGACCUAACUACAACAUUUUGUACAUGUGGUCCUGGUUGGACUCAAGCUGAUUUGACUAAACAAAAGGGCCACUGUAAAUCUCAUCCCAAUUAA